GCAAUGUCGAAGCCGCCCAUUGCCAACCUGCGCGACAUCUCCGUUGCCGCCCCCUCCAUCUUCCGCCCGCGCCUCGUCCUCCGUUCCGCCGCUCCCCCCACCGAGGCCAACCCAGAGCUCGCCGCCCUCAACAUCGACACCGUCUUCGACCUCCGCUCCGGCCUCGAAGUCGCCCACUCUCCGUCGUCCACCUCGACCGACUACGAGUACUCUGAGCAGUGGCCCGGCGGCCCCCGUCGCGUCCAUGCGCCCGUCUUCGCAGACACCGACUACGGCCCCGAGGCGGUCGCUCUGCGCUUCCGCGAAUACGCCUCGGCACAUCCCGUCCUCGGCUUCGUCAACGCAUACCGCUCCAUCCUGAAAUCAGGAGCACCGGCCUUUGCGACGGUGCUCAAGUAUCUGGCGUCCGACGAGUGGGAUCCCGCUGCCGAGAGACCCAUACUGGUGCACUGCACCGCGGGCAAGGACAGGACGGGCGUGCUAUGCGCCCUGAUACUGAGCUUGUGCGGUGUCCCCGACGAGGACGUGGCAAGGGAGUAUGGACUCACGACGGAAGGGCUCAAGGAUGCGAAGCCGAGGCUGGUCCAGCGGUUGCUCUCCAUGCCAGCCUUUGACGGUGAUCCAGAGGGCGCCGAGAGGAUGUUGAGUUCAACACCAGAGAGCAUGAUGGCUACAUUGGCCAUGCUUCGCGAAGAAUGGGGCUCAGCUGAGCAGUACAUGAUCGACGAGUGCAAACUCACGCCAGAGACAGUUGCUCGUCUCCGACAAAAGCUCGUUGUCGCUAACUAA